AAAAAGUCGUGAAAGCUGCUCGUUCAUCACUCUGUGGCCAGCUGAACGCACAGAAAGGACAAAAUGCAUUCUUUAAGCCUUUACCUCUUUCUGCUCUUUGGAAUUUCUGCUGUGCUCGCCGCUCCUGCCGAGGAGACUACUGCCAAGCCGAAAUGCCCACCAUCAAGCAUCCAAACGCAUUUGCUCUCGAACGGCAAGAAAUACUUCUUCCAUGAGAAGUGGUUGGACUUUGACGGCGCAAAGAGUUUUUGCAAGAGAAAUCACGGCCGUGUUCCAAUCCUCGACACGCGUGAGGAUCUGGACGUGGUGCGCGCAAAGGCCGGAGACAUCGCUGGAGUUGCCUGGUGGGUGGACGCGUCCGACGUAGGACAGGAGCCUGGACAGUUCAAGUGGAGCAACGGACAGGAGCUGCCCCUCAACAGUUCGCUCUGGUUCAAGCAGGAGAAUCAGCCCAACUCUUUCGGCCCAGGCAAGAAGACUUGCGUGGUCUUAUCCACGUGGUACGGAGAUUUGCUUUGGGACAAAAGUUGCGGGGAUUCUAAAUAUGUCGUCUGCCAGGCCAACGAUGGGUGCUAAACCACACUCAAUCCUUGUGUAAAAAUUUAAAUAAAGAUUUUUACAAUAAUUAAA